AAAAAGACCUGCUGCUUUCUGCUACUUUUGAAGAGUUUUUAGAUCAAAAAAUUGUUUUCCUCUCAAAACUAUUUCUAGGAGAAAAAAGAAGCAAGAGUUAAUAUUAUCGGGGCGCGUUUGGUCAUUUUUAAAGUUUGGAAAAAGACAGAAUAACUGCUUUCUAAAAGGUGAGUUGGCAGUUGGCUAAAUCGGAUAAUAUAAUGAAUACAGACUUUUCAGUUUUAAUAUACUGUUGUUAUUUUCGCCGUUACUAGUCACUUGUUACUUUUGUUGAAGAUGGAGAACUCUUUAUCGGAGUACGAACUUUUGAGGCUUAGAAAUAUCAAGAGGAACCAUGAAUUCUUGAAAAGCCUUGGUAGGUUUGCAUUUUGCCUUGUCCAUUUCUUUGUUCUCUCAUAAGUAAGCUAAAGCGUUUAUCAAGAAUUAAAAUAUAAAAUACCUCCGUAUAUAAAGUACUUUCAAGUGGCUAUUGACUUUAAACGUUGCAGCGGCAAAUGUAGAAACGUGGUGGCUUCAAUUAAGUUUUGCAAUUAAACCUUUCCUUAGAAAUAUCAGAGGCGUCCCUGAGCUGUGAUCUAUUCAGUAGAGAUAAUGUUACGAAAGAGCGUUCGUGGCCAAAAUAUAAGAGUUUGUUUAGGAAUAUUUACGAUAUGCUUUAGAACACAAUAAAAUCUGAAUAAAAAAAUACCUCACGUUACUUCCAUGGUGUAUCACUUUGCUGUCUGAACCCUCCUUUUUCUUAGAGUUUAAAACCAAGGGAUCUAAACCUCAAAUUCUCUCCCUUCCCCGCUUUCCUAUAAAGGUAGAGUGGGUGGGGGCUUCUAUACACAGGUUACUAUAUUUCUGAUUUUCUCUCUUUUAGGUCUUCCUGUUCCAGCCGUUCCAGCUGGCCUUCCUUCUCGUACUCGUAAAACACCUGUAAAGAAGCUUAAGACAGAUACCACCAUCGCAGAUAGUGAAAGCACAAGUGAGAGUAGCAAUGAUAGCGAUGAAGAUUGGGUUCCAGGAUCAGAAGAAGUUAGAAAAAGGAACAAAAUGAUCAAAAGAUUCAUUCCUGGUAACGAAACAUUCGUUCGGACGAAAACUGUCAAUAAUGAGUUUUUUGGUCGAGAUUUUCCUUCCUUAGAAAAUGGCUGUUUUGAUUUUUUCCAGAGUUUAGACCCAAGCCUCAGAUUGUGCCUACCAUUAAAAACCCGAAGGAGCCAAACACGAAGGUAGUUAACAUGUGAAUGCUUCCAUAAAGAGCUAGACAAAAAGGUCAGUCAGUUUUUAAAAGAAAAUAAUAAAAAAUGGAAUGCCCAUGUGUCCUUGUUUUGGCAGGAAGAAAAUGACUCUAGCGCAUUUGAUGAGUUGGGUCGACUGGGAGAGAAUAUGGAACUUUUGCCAGAUGAGAAUACUGCAAUUACUAGGAGAGAAAGAACAAAAUCUAUCAAUAAAAAUGAACAGCCUUCUAAGGAAAAGCGCGAGCAAUACGCCACUCGAGGAAAACGACACUCUUACUGUGAGGCUGAGGUGCCAGAUGAUGAUCAUUAUAUAUGUGAGUAAAAAAAGAUGAGAUAUUGAGGUGUCUUGUAAGGAAGGGGAGGGGGCGGGGAAGGGGCUCAAUCCUUAUCAACAAGACAAAAAAGCUGUCUUUGUAAGAUUGGGCACUUGUAAGAAAUCGCCUUUCUCUUUGUUGUCGCGAUAAACACUUGAAUUUAGCAAAAAGGAGCAAAGUCAUUCAAUUCAUUCAUGAUCAGUUUCUUGCUUGAUUAUCAAGGCUCUGUAUUUCAUCUUGCUCAACGUCAAGUUCCGAGUAAGGAUAGACUUACGAUUGCAACAAUAACCCUGAACGAAAGGCAAAAGAAUAUUAGUUGUUUUGAGCUUGUUGCAGUUUUGAAAAUAAACGCCUCCUAUCUAUGUGAACUUUCGAGCUUGGACCCCUACAAUUACAUACCGUUUUCUUCCAUUAACACUGCUUUAGUUUGCGAAGAUUGCAAUGAUCUCCACUACGGUGACUGCCCUGUGCAUGGCCCAUUACAAAUUAUUGAAGAUAAACCAAGGGAAGAAAACCCAGACGUGUCCGCAGCAGUGGCUUCAUUACCAGCAUCACUAAAGAUAGGUGACUCGUCAAUUCACGGGGCGGGAUUAGGCGUUUUCAGUACGUCUGAGAUCCCAAAAGGAGUGCAAUUUGGCCCAUACAAGGGAUUGAAGAUAGGCUGGGAGAAUAUAACAGAGGACAGAAAUACUAGCUAUUGUUGGGAGGUAUGUUUUUAUGAACAUCUGAAAAAUUUCAUCAACUUAACAUUCUUGAUCGGAUGAAUCCUUACAAUUAUAUGCUUCUUUUCCACACUACUUUCUAUAUUUUUUGACGCAAAUGGUGGACAGAGUUUUGGGCCGACUUGGUGUGAGGGUAUGUGAUUUACAAGUACAGAAGUAUAGUGGGGAUGGUUUAGUCCGAUUUUGCGGAGAAAUACAUAAAUGUCCAUGACGCCAUACAUCACCACCACCACAUUUCUUUUGUUUUCUGUCAACCUGUAGCCUGUGAACAGGCCUUUGGUUUGCUAUUUUUUUCCCCAAACAGAGAGCCUGUUCACAGGCUAGUCAACCUGUUAAGUAUAAGACACUAAAAGAUAGCACGUGAAGUCAUCCUAAUGAGAAUAGACCUUUUCACGGUUUAUGACGCCAUCUUGGCUGGGGGGCAAGCACGGCUAAAAUUACAGUUUGGUCCACUUGGAACCGCUAUAACGCCGUUACAGAGAGGCAGAUUUCCAAAAUUUGCCACUACUUUAGAUAGUUUUAUUGAUACCAUUCAUUCAACAAAAAAUGAGGCUUUUACAGAAGGUAAGACGUCCGUAAAUUCGAAUUAUAAAUAUUCUCAUGUGGCUUCUAAUUUUAUGGUAAUUUACAUAACGUUGAUUAGAAGGGUUUGCAUGAAAUCUUAAAAAUUCGUUUACGGUCGUCGUAACCUGAAUCUCUUCUUUCCCUUCAUGAAAAUAAUCUCAGUACAAAUGUCUUUUAAAUUACAUUUUCGCUGUGGAAAUCCGCCUCUUUGUAGCGGCGUUUUAGCGGUUCCAAGUGGGCCAAAAUCCCAUACAUUUCACUGUCAUUUUAGCCGUGUUUGCCCCUAUCCAAGAUGGCGUCAUAAAUCGUGAAAAGGUCUAUUUUAUAUAUGACGUCAUUUGUUUAAAUGUAUUCCUUCACAAUUUUAUGAAAUUCCUCCGCUAAAAGCGGAAUAUAACCUUUCUGUUAUGCUACUCAAGCUUUUGCUAAUAGCGUUUGAUUUCCUUGUGCAUCAGUCAAUUCAAGCUGCGCCCAGCCGCCCCUCCAGGGCUACCGCGGGGCAUUUGCAAAUUUUGUGCUGCCCGGGAGCCGGGCAUUUGCCAACCCCGAGCUUUCAACACGCACGCGGCUUCCUGUCAGAAUAUAACUACACAGAGGAUUUUACUGGAAAAACAAGCAGAUUGGCUCAUUUGUCAAGGACGGGAAAAAAUUUAAGAGGUUUGUCAAGGCACGUUCUCGAUUUUGUGCAUGCAUUUCUUUGCUGGGCGCAGCUGGAAUAAACUGAUACAUUAUUCUUAAACAUUUCAACGGUUUGUGGCUCCUAAUAAUAAUAAUAACAACUACUUUGAAAUUUAGCCAGGGAAAGAAAUCACUAUUAUUCUUUGUUCUAAUAGAUUUUAAAAGAUGGCAAGUUUAGUCAUUUCUUAGAUGGUCGAGAUGAAAACAAAAGUAACUGGAUGAGGUUCGUUAAUUGCUGUCGCUGUGAAGACGAGCAGAACUUGGUGGCUUUUCAGUUCAGAGGAAAGAUUUACUACCGCACGUACAAGCCUAUAAAAGCAGGCUCAGAGCUAUUAGUAUGGUACGGGGAGAGUUACGCCAAAGAUUUAGGAAUAUCGCUGGAUGAUAAUCAAGAUCGCAGUAAGACGAAUGGUAAAACUAAUACAUUUUAAAUAUCUCACUUAUGCUCCAAAAUUUAGAGUCCAACACUGCAAUAAUAUACUAUCGAUUGCCAACUUAUUUUAAGAACUCGUUUUAGUAAUUUGCUGAAGAUGACUUUCAACCAAAAGAAGCAACAUAAAGUAAACUUAAGACGGAAACCAUCAGGAAAUUGAAUAAUUUUAAUUUUCAGUGGACAAAAACCUUGUACCAGAAUAAUUUUAACAAUAUUGCAUCCUUUUUUACGUUUUUCAAGGGCUAAAGGUGUAAUUAGUCAUCUGUAAUAACAUGCACCAAAGAAAAUUUCUUAUGGGAGUCUGAGAAAAUGAAUGUCAAAUUUCACAAGAAGUGUGAAAACACAGGUGAAAUUCUGAAAAUUUCAUGUGUAACAUAUAGUUUUGUGAAAUUUUACAGUUUUUGUUUUCUCGGGCUCCCAUAAGAAACUUUCUUUGGUGUUCUUACAGAUGACUAAUAACAUCUUUAGCCCUUGACAAAAGGAAAAAAGAAUGCGAUAUUGUUUAAGUGAUUCUGGUACACGGUUUUUGUCCACUGAAAAUAAAAAUUACUCAAUUUCUGGUGGAUUCCGUCUUAAAAUCUGAACAGAUGACUCGAGCAGUGUAACGCGCGCGCUGAUUCAAAUUAUCAAGGUUCACGUAUCUUAAUAUGUGAUGUCACGAUGCUACUCAUUGUUUGCAAUAGAUAGAACACGAAAGUUGAUCAACUGAAACUACAAAAAACGGUUUUCAAAUAACGAAAAUCAGCUGAAACCUGUCCACAACAAAUAAUCCUUUAUUUAACUUUAUUUUUAGGGAGACGAAACAUCUGCAAGCAUUGUGGAAAAGCGUUCGCUUUGAACUUUUUACCGAGGCACAAGCGGUUUUGCUUUUCAAGAACGGCUAAAAGAACAUGGAACUGUGAUCGAUGUGAAAAGAAAUUUGCAUCUCCUGACUAUCUCAAGGUCCACGAAUGUAUUCUUCCUAACAACAAGAGAUCUCUUUUUCUGACCAAUCAUCUCCGUACUCACACAGGUGAAAAGCCAUAUCAGUGUACACAAUGUAACAAGGCGUUUACGACCUCUAGUAAACUGACCAGGCACCUCCGUACUCACACAGGUGAAAAGCCAUAUCAGUGUACACAAUGUAACAAGGCGUUUAACCGCCAAUGGGUUCUGACCACGCACCUCCGUACUCACACAGGUGAAAAGCCAUAUCAGUGUACACAAUGUAACAAGGCGUUUACGACCUCUAGUAAACUGACCAGGCACCUCCGUACUCACACAGGUGAAAAACCAUAUCAGUGUUCACAAUGUAACAGGGCGUUUAACCGCCAUGGGGAUCUGACCACACACCUCCGUACUCACACAGGUGAAAAGCCAUAUCAGUGUACACAAUGUAACAAGGCGUUUAACCAGUUGGGGAAUCUGAACACGCACCUCCGUACUCACACAGGUGAAAAGCCAUAUCAGUGUACACAAUGUAACAAGGCGUUUAACCAACUGGCUCAUCUGACCAGGCACCUCCGUACUCACACAGGUGAAUAG